AUGAAGCAAGCUUUGCAGUUUCUAUCACUGGGCCUUUUGGCCACAACUGCGUCAGCAUUCCCCGCAGACGUUAUGAAGCGAGCAAUGGAGCAUCCCGAGUUGCUGGCUCGGUUGACCAACGCUAUGGAGUCUGUUGACAAGCGCCAGAUUAUCAAGGCAGACGGGGCCACGGCCCUUUUCGAACCCAUCCCCAUCUUCAACGCAAAGGCUCAGUACAUUGAUGUCGGCCCGGGAAGUGGCCAUGAGUGGCAGGCUCCCGGCCCAAACGACCUCCGUGGGCCGUGUCCUGGCUUAAACGCCUUUGCCAAUCACGGCUUCCUACCUAGAAAUGGCUAUGCUACCAUUGGUCAGUUUGUAGAUGCCACCGAGACAGUUGUUGGUAUGGGCGUCGAUCUUGCUGCUUUCCUCUCCGUCUUGGGUGCAGCCAUUGACGGCUCCGGCCUCGCCUGGAGCAUCGGAGGUACCCCUCCAGCCUCUCUCGGUGGCCUCCUUGGUGGUGGAAAUGGUAUCAGUGCCUCACAUAACAAAUACGAGUCGGAUGCUUCACCAACACGGCCGGAUCUCUACGAAACUGGAAACGACUACGAGACUCAGGUCAACCAGUUUCAGCAGCUAAUUGACAUGUCCCCUGGCGACUCUGUGACCCUAGAUUCGCUUACAAAAUUCCGAUCUGUUCGCUUUGAUACACAGAUUGCCAACAACCCGUACUUCUUCAACGGCCCAUUCACCGGUGUGGCCGUCCAGCCUGCUGCGUACACCUUCAUUUACCGAUUCAUGGCCAAUCACAGCGCGGAGAAUCCUAUUGGUCACUUGAGCCAUGAUAAUAUUGCUUCAUGGUUCGGUGUUAGUGGCACAUCAGGCAGUUAUACAGCCAAGCAGGGGUAUGAGCGCAUCCCAAGCAACUGGUAUAGACGUGCGAAAGAGUACCCAUACACCAUCCCAUACUUCCAACAGGAUUUGCUCAAUGCGGCUCUUUUGUACCCUAAGUUCCUCGAUAUCGGAGGCAACACCGGCAAGACCAACACGUUUACCGGCGUCAAUAUCGCCGACUUGACUGGCGGCCUGUUAAACAGCGCCACAUUACUACAGGGCAAUAACUUGGCCUGUUUUGCGUUCCAGGCUGCGGCGCAGGCAAAGCCAGAUGUGCUCCUGGCUCCUUUGGCCAAGCUCACAAGCGUUCUAGGCGAUACCCUGAGCGCUUUGGCCUGCCCAACACUCUCGAAAAUCGAUGAAAGCCAGUUGAAGCAGUUCCCUGGAUAUGCACGCAGCUCGUCUUGA